AGUGACUGCUAGAGGAAUGAGAGGACUUUGCAUGGAAAGGGGCUACCGAAGGAGAAGGUGGUAGAUCCGAAAAAAGCCAGAAAAGAAGUUGGCGGUCGUGGUGGUUAUUCAUAGUUCUAUUAUAACAUUUUAAAAGUAAUGUGUGACUAUGACAAAUGCGUUUCAAACACUGCAUUUCGGGAGUAGCUGAUGUCUGCGACCUCUAAUCAUUUAAUACAGCCACAGUUUCCCUGCAUUUCAUUUUUUGAUUCUGAAAAGUCAGGCUGCCUGCCAUGAACUGCAUGUGGACAUUAUUAUUGGCCCGGGAGCUCUCUGCCAGAAGGGGCACUGUCCUGAUGCAAGCUACUCUCCGCCAGCUACAAAGAAGUGGCUGUCUUCAGAACUCCAGGAGCAUCCAAGUCAGCACAGCUCUUGGCACUACUGCCCCUCCUGUUAAGGACAACAAAGAUAAUGAUGAAGAAUCCACCAAAAGAUCCUUGGUGGCUGUUGACUAUCUUUUUGAGAGAACUUCUGUAGAUGCAAAGACUAAAGCCACAUUCCAGCAAGCUGUGGACAUCUUCUGCAAGCGGGACAUCCGCCGCAGGGGUCAUGUGGAAUUCAUCUAUGCAGCCCUGAAGAAGAUGCCAGAAUUUGGGGUGGAGAGGGACAUCAAUGUCUACAACAAGAUCUUAGAUGUCUUCCCCAAGGAAGUGUUUGUGCCUCGCAAUUUCUUCCAGAGGAUGUUCAAUCACUAUCCCCGGCAACAGCAGUGUGGUGUCCAGGUGCUUGAGCAGAUGGAGAACUAUGGUGUUAUGCCGAACAAGGAGACAAAAUUUCUGCUCUUCCAGAUCUUCGGAGACAAGAGCCAUCCUGUAAGGAAAUACCAAAGGCUCAUGUACUGGUUUCCUAAAUUCAAGCACAUCAACCCUUAUCCUGUUCCAGAUCCUCUGCCAGAGGACUCUGUUGACCUUGCAAGGCUCAGCCUGCAGAGAAUUGCUGCUGACAUGGAUGCCCGGGUUACAGUAUAUCAGCUGCCUCAUGCAGAGAUUUUGGACUCUGGGAAAACAAUUGACCACCCACAUAUUGUAGGAAUCCAGAGCCCUGACCAACAGUCACUCUUGGCUCACCACAAUCCAGACAGGCCUGUUUUUGUUGGAGGCCCCUUCCGCUUAUGGCUCAAGGAAACAUGUGUUUAUUACUAUGUGCUCAGGGCAGAGCUGUUGCCUCCAGAAGAAAGGGAAGAAGUGAUUGACCCGGAAAGGAGUUUCUACUACCCUAUGCAUCUAGAUAUUGAUCUGGAACGGGACCUUUGGGAUGAUAAUGAAUUUGACAUAGAUGAAGUUGAAGAGGGCCCUGUAUUUGCCAUGUGUAUGGCAGGGGCAGGAGACCAGGCUACCUUGGCCAAGUGGAUUGUGGGUCUUCAGAAAACAAACCCAAUUUUGUGUCAGAUGCCAGUUGUGUUCCACCUCACUCCAGGGCCUCGGGAGCUGCAGUCAGGCACCAACUUGGAUGAAGACGGUGAAGAGGAGAUGGCAAAAGCUCAUCACCUCAACAGAGAUCUCUGAGCACACGUGUUAGUUUUCAAUAGUGGUAUAUAAUUUAUUGAAUAUAACUUCAUGCUUGUGUUUUAAUUGUUAAGAGGCUAGUGCAGUGAUUCCUUCAAAUGAUCUGAGCAAUUUUGGCUUCAGUAUUGAGUGGGUUGGUGCAUUGAGGACCUCUUUUCUCAGCUGCAUCACUAACACUGAACAGAAUUGGCACCUUUGCCACAACAGCAGCAGAGGAUUGUUGGUUUCCCUUUGAGCAGGUUUUCCCUAUUUGAAAUUUGAAGCAAACAGCACAAGUUUUCUUAAUCAUUGCUGUUGUUUCAAUUGCCUGUUAAGCUGCAGCAGUCUUCCCUGUGUUCCCUUCUGUAGCACUUCCAUUUUGAAAAUGCACCCACCAUGAGUUCCUGCUGCUUUUCAGUAACGAGGCCCCUGUUCUUUGACUACAAUCAUUGUCUUCCUUACCAUUGCAGCCCAGGCAGUGAGAACAGAGCUUUUCUUCUUUCUCUAAGCUGGAAUUAUUAGGUUUCGUGCUCUGAGUGUUUGCCUGAAAAGUUAGUCAGUGGUGAGGAUGAGAAGUCUGUGAAAAACAUUUCCCUGGAAGUGAUGCUGCUUUUUUACCUCCCUCCUAACACCAAUGCAAAGGAUGAAGGGAGGGGCCUUUUUAUAAUAUUUCCUGGCAUUAAAAAAAUUGCAAUGUCA